UUGUCAAGCGAAUCACAUCUAACCAGAGUUACUUUAGUAUCCCAAAUACCUCGAAACCUAAGCAACAUGGGCUGCUGUGCUAGCAAUCUGAAACUCAAGGAGCUGAACCUUAACAGCAGCAUCUACUUGGCAACCGGCGGAUCGGGUCGCUCCCAGAAACGAUUGUACAGCAGUCGUAACAGCAGUGGAGUGGGCAGCAGCUCAUCCUCCGCCUCCACCUCUAAGAACUCCAGUCGCUUCAUUUGGAGUCGAUCCAGCCAACCGAUUUGCGAUGAUUUCGCCGAGCAACCGCAACUGGACAAGUCCUGUGGCUAUUACACCUGCAGCAGUGCCGAUUCCUCGCCCAGGAAGCGUGGCGAGGACCAAGAUGGUGAGGACGAAGAGGAAGUGCUGAUGCGUACUCAGGACAUGAGCACAGGAUCUCGGGAUUCCACAGAAUCCACUGAAAUGGCCGGCAACCUGGAGUGGGAGAUGUACAUGAUGCAGCAGGCUCAGCGCAUUAUGCCGAAGACCUCGUCACCGAUUAGCCAAAGGAGAGGCAAUGGCUAUGUGCCAGCUUCGUCAUAUCAGAAGUGGAGGACCUAUCUGCAAUCCACGCCAGCUCACAUGCUGCACAAUGUCACCCACAUCCCAGAGGCCAUUGCCGGACACUUUUGCCCCACUAGCUUUCCGGGCUUCAGUGAUCUCGAGGAAAUGGAAAGUGCGGCCAAGCGGUUCAAGGUGGACAUUGAAGAUGAGCCCCAGGAGCCGCUGUAUACCACCUAUCAACUGCUAGCUGGGCACACGCACACCAUUUCCACAGAGCUCUAAGGAAAGGAACAUAUAUAGAGAAAGAGACCUAUCCAAUCGCACCACCUCCGCGUGGUCCGGAGUGGUUCGACGAUUGGUGGACCCAUAGAUCCAUAAUCCCCGGCAAGGACUGGCAACAGGUGUGCCAGCUGUCAAACAGUUGGGCAAAUAAUCACUCAACCCACGACUCUGCGGUUCCAUUGCCCAGCAAUGGCAAUCGUUUAAGUACGACUUUUUUUUUUUUUAAGUGUAUGGCACACAACUUAGUCUUAAGGACAGGACAAUCAGCAAUGUGUACAUUGUUGGAUAAUCAAAUUA